CCGGUACCACAUUCCCAUGCCCAUUCCCACUUUUGUAUUCGACCCGCCCUGUCCCUGAGACACCCACUCGCUCCUCUUCUGACUGGCAGAUGCGACUGACUGAACUCCAAAGAGGCAAAACGCUAGCGCCCAUCCCCCAUUUCUCUACUCCUUCCAUCCCCUCGUUCUCCCCUUCGCCUUCAUGUUCCUUUCCCUCAGGGAAUCAAACCUCCUCACCUAACAAUCAACUCCGCUUCUUCUCGGCCAUACUGUGUAUCGCCAUUCCGCUCGCUCUAUCCGCCCCUUUAGGCUCGACUAGUACAAGCUACGUACUCCUGCCUCCCGUUUCAACCGUAUGCCCGCUUCUCUUUCUUCAACUCCCAACGACCCUUAACUUCUCGAACUCUGGCACGAAUUUGCUGCGUCGCCUGUUUCAUUGGACUCGUGUCCACCGACUUUCAUUCACAUUCUCCUUUUCGCAAAUCAAUACUCCCCGGGCUCUCCUUGAGUACUUGACCCGCUCCGCAACAAACUCCAAUGACGCUGCAGUGACCAGCCUCCCCUCGAAUCUACGACCACUGUACCAACUCACUCAACAAGCAUUGAUCGCCGCGACAUCCGGCGUCAUCUGGAAUUCACCGCCGGUCCCACCGUUUCCGCCGAACUAUCUCGGCCGUUGACAGGCUGUCCGCAUCCGGCGACUGCCAACGUUGUACUCUGGAGUACCGCUCUAAGACUCGUCGUCAUACUCUGUCUCUUUCCCAAUACUCCUCUUUCCCGGUCGGCUGAUCGCUUCAUCCGACCUCCUUUCUCUCCGUCAACCUUGACAGCCUAUUCGCCAGGAUGAGGUUGUUAUCACUUCUCACGUUUUUUGUCGCUUUUUUGGCGCCGCUGGCGUCCGCUGUCCAGCUCCUCGAAUCCAACGCAUUGAAUGUGUGCAUGGAAAGUAGUAAUUUCACUGCGACAUAUUUCAACGUCGUCUUCUAUCCUGGAAACAACUCGCUCACGAUCGGUUUCGAUGGUGUCUCCUAUAUCUCCGGCAAGGUCGUGGCCGACAUGACCCUGACGGCUUACGGCUACAAGGCUUAUUCGAGUACUAUUGACCCCUGCUCAAUUGAGGGCAUGGGUAUGUGCCCGAUGGCCCCGGGUCCAAUUGACUUGGGUCCUGUCUCGCUCUCCCUUCCCGAUGGCACGUCUGAUAAAGUUCCAGGCAUCGCUUACACCGUUCCCGAUCUCGAUGCGAACGUGCAGAUUGUGAUCAAGAAGAAGGACACCGGUGAGAAGAUUGCUUGUGUGGAAGCUUCGCUCUCCAAUGGCAAGAGUGUGUACCAGUUGGGUGUGGCUUGGGUGACUGCGAUCAUCUCUGGUUUGGGUCUGGCAGCAUCUGCCAUCACCUCCGGUCUCGGCCAUUCUAACACGGCCGCCCACGUUGCGGCGAACGCGCUCUCUCUUUUCGGCUUCAUGCAAGGCCAGGCCAUGAUUGGCAUGAUCUCAGUUCACAUGCCUCCAAUCGUCGAAUCGUGGACCCAAAACUUCCAGUGGAGUAUGGGUAUCAUUCACGUUUCUUUCUUGCAAACGAUUUGUACCUGGUAUCAGCGCGCAACGGGCGGUACUCCCUCGACUGUUCUUUCGCAGCUGGGUGACACCUCCGUGGAAGUUCUCAAGCGUCGCAAGCGUGAUUUGAUCGACCCUGCGAUUAACCUGAUGAGGCGAGCUUCAAGUCUCAUCUUCAAACGUGAUAGCUCGAGCCAAAAGCUCAUUGUGGUGCGGGGUAUCGAACGUGUCGGAUUCCGAGCCAACAUUGAAGAGACCAACAUCUUCUUGACGGGUCUCAUUUUCUUCGUCGUCUUCGUCUGCUUGGUGGUCAUCAUCGUUGCGUCUUUCAAGGGUAUCUGCGAGUUGCUCGUCAAGCAUGGCAAGAUGAAGAGUGACAAGUUCCAGGACUUCCGGAAUGGCUGGAAGGUUGUCACUCGUGGCAUUCUCUUCCGUCUCACAUUGAUCGGUUUCCCCCAAAUGACCGUCCUCUGCCUCUGGGAGUUCACUCAGCGUGACUCGGCCGCCGAGGUUGUCCUGGCCGUGGUUAUGCUUCUGUCCCUGCUUGUUGCCCUUGGAUGGGCCGCUCAAAAGGUUAUUCGCCUCGCCAAGCGCUCCGUCACCAUGCACAAAAACCCGGCCUACAUCUUGUACUCCGAUCCUGCGGCCCUGAACAAGUGGGGCUUCUUGUAUGUGCAGUACCGCGCCACGGCAUACUACUUUGUCGUCCCCUACUUGGCCUACAUCUUUGUCAAGGGUAUGUUCAUCGGUCUCAGCCAGCCUGCCCCGGUUGUUCAGACCGUCGCUUUGGUGAUCCUCGAGGCCGCCAUGCUGGUCGCUGUAUGUGUGAUGCGCCCAUGGAUGGACAAGAAGACCAACGUCUACAAUAUCUCGAUCGCCAGUGUCAACUUCCUCAAUUCCAUCUUCCUUCUGGUCUUCUCGGAUGUUUUCAACCCUCCUGGUAUGAUGAUCGGUGUAAUGGGUGUCGUCUUCUUCGUUUACAACGCCGUUUUCGCCCUGGUCCUGCUCGUUCUCGUCCUGAUCGCCUCGGUCUACGCCGUUGUGUCCAAGAACCCAGAUACCCGCUACCAGCCCAUGCGCGACGAUCGUGGCUCUUUCAUCAAGUCUCAGACCCAGCUGACCACUGAGCUGGACGCUCUCGGUGCUACCGCUCGUGGUGAUGUUAAGAAUGGCAACGGUUAUAACCAAAACCCAUUCGAUGACGAUACCGCCUCCAUCUCUAGCGGAACCGGUGUCACCGGUCACCACAACAACAACCUCAAUGCUGCCAACAGCGCGCAAAACCUAAAUCGUCACCAGGCUCCUCCCUCUCCUGUCGAUCCGUCAGUGCCGCUGUUCCCCAGCAAUGCCUCGACCCACUCGGCCAGCCGGGGGCCACCCCCUGGCUACGAUCAGUACGGCCGAUCCGCGUCGCCCGCGCCGCGGAACUACGACAACGCCCCCGUGGGUGCGUCUGCGCUAGCAACAAACUACAGAGCCCAAAACAACGCCAGUCCCUGGCAAAGGGGUGCUGGUUACGACCAUUAGACUGGGUGACUUGCCUGCAUUGGUUCCUUGAUUUUAUUUUCCACCUGAGAUGAAGAUAUGUGAUUUUUUAGCGUGGGACAGCGAUGGUCUAUGAUCCUUUACCAUCCGCCAUCCUUUUGGGUCCGGUAUCUAUUUGAAUUUUGAAUCUCUGUCUAACUGCGCUUUAUAUCGUCGCCCAUCCGUGGCCCGCCCCCUGUUUUCGACUACACCAUUUCUCCUUGUUUCUCUCUUCUGUUCUCCGGUCCAUUGUCUACCGGCAGUGUGAUUGUCUUUUUUUUACCUACUCUACCCUUAUCCCUUCCCUGCAACUUUUUUGUCUCCUCUGUCUCAAAACUACUCGAUUCCUUCAUCCUCCUCUUGACACGGGGCGUAACCUCGCGAGAUCUACGCGUACCCAACCUUUGUUUUUCUCCUUUCGUCUUUGCUCAACCUGGCGUUCUGAUGCAUCUUGGUUAUGGAGAUCUGGCCUUGGGUUUCUCGUGGGCUUCGGGACAUAUAUUACUUUCCUCGUUUUUCCUUUCGUCCCGUUUUUCUGAUUCUCGAAAUAUCUGGAUUUAUCGCGUGACAUGUACGCUACGUACUCGGGGAAAACAAAGUAGUCCUAGUGUCUAAAAGACGAGACGUAUCUGUCUCGCAUCUCGCGCAAUCUAAAGUUUUCCUCACGUUUU